AAUCAAUUACAGAAGAGCGGGAUUAUAGGAUAUCGAGAUAGAUUACUCCUGUCGACCCAACAGACAGUCGUCUAUCCACACACACUGCUAUGGCCGACCCGUCGGCUCCGAUCCGAUUCGGUAUAAUCGGUUGCGCCGAUAUAGCUCGCAAGGUCUCGCGCGCAAUCUCUCUCGCUCCCAACGCCUCUCUCGCCGCCGUCGGCAGCCGCUCCGCCGAAAAAGCGGCCCAAUUCGCCGCCGCGAAUAACUUCCCCGCCUCCGCCAAGGCAUACGCUAGCUACGACGCCGUUUUGGACGACUCCGAAAUUGACGCCGUCUACUUGCCGUUACCGACCAGUCUUCACGUCCGGUGGGCGGUUGCGGCGGCGGAGAAGAAGAAACACGUGUUGUUAGAGAAGCCGGUGGCGAUUAAUGCUCUCGAGUUCGAUAAGAUUGUCGAGGCGUGUGAGAGGAAUGGAGUGCAGUUUAUGGAUGGGACUAUGUGGAUGCAUCAUCCCAGGGCUAGUAAGAUUAAGGAGUUUUUAUCGGAUUCCGAGAGUUUCGGUGAACUCAAGGCGGUAAAUAGCUGCUUCGGUUUCGCGGUUACCCCUGAUUUUCUGGAGAAUGAUAUUAGAACGAAACCAGAUCUUGAUGGUCUAGGCGCUCUUGGUGACGUAGGGUGGUACUGCAUCAGGUCAAUUCUGUGGGCUGCUGAUUUCGAACUGCCUAAAUUUGUAACUGCUUUGCCUGGAACUAUUCUCAACAAAGCAGGCGUGAUUUUGACAUGUAAUGCUUCCUUACAUUGGGAAGAUGGAAAAGUAGCAACCUUCCGUUGCUCUUUCUUGGAAAACUUGAUCAUGGAUGUCACUUUUGUCGGGACUAAGGGGACUUUGCAUAUGCACGAUUUUGUCAUCCCUUAUGAAGAAAACAAAGCCUCUUUUACCACUGCUGUAAUGUCAGGAUUCAAUGACUUGAUGACUGGAUGGGUGCCGAAGCCAAGCGAGCACACAGUUAUGACAGAUCUUCCUCAGGAAUGUCUGAUGGUGAGGGAGUUCUCGAGGUUAGUGGCGGAUAUAAGAAAUAAAGGUGCAAAACCUGACAAGAAAUGGCCUACCAUCAGUAGGAAGACGCAACUUACAUUAGAUGCUGUCAAAGAAUCUGUUUACAAUGGUUGUAAGAAAGUUGAGAUUGUUGAGUAAUUAUUUACAGCGGUUCAUUGAGCUAUUUAGCUCCUUAAGUAUUGUCUGUUGUUAAAAAAAGUCUGCACUAAUCUGAACCGUAUUCUUCUGUUGUCUUGUUAAUUGUUGCUCAAGGACCCGGAAUAUGGAGGUCUUGUCGAUAAACUUAUAGUUUGUGUGACAGUUUCAGUUAAGACUUUUUUGUUUGAUUAAGUUAAAAGACUUUCUUCUUC